AUAUUGGCACUGAUCGGCUCAUCUAUGUUGUUUUAUAUCCUACUCUUGCUUCUUGCGCGUGGAUCCUUUUGCAAGAGACGAAAAAGACGUACAGGUGGCGAAUAUACCGAUUAUUGCGAUUUGCAGGGAAUGACCCAAAAUGAGCUGAGAAACCAUACUCUUCUUUUGGAAAAUGUUGUAGUAAAGUACCAGAAUAGUCCAGUCAAAGACGUCACAAUUGGACUCAAGCCAAUGGAUGUUCUUGGAUUAGUUGGCGAGAGGUCUGGAAAGACUAGUAUUAACAAAGUAAUUGUAUCGGAAAUCAAGCUAUCUUCGGGACGAGUUCUAGUCAAAGGAAUCGACGUUCACAAUAGAAAAAUAAACCGAUACAAGGCCUACAAAUAUAUGGGCUACUGUCCCCAAAAGGAUUAUUUUGAGCCCAAAUUUACGGGUCGAGAAAAUUUAAAAAUGUUCUGUCUUAUACGUGGCAUAAGAUCGGAUAAAGUGCGAGAAGUAUCCGAAGAACUGGCCGAAAACCUUAACUUUCGGGAGCACUUACAAAAAUCAUCCAAGAAGUAUACGGUCAGUGAUAAGCGGAAGCUGAGCACAGCAAUAGCAGUGAUAGGAACACCGCCACUUAUCAUUUUGGAUGAGCCAACCGCUGGAGUGGAGAAGGCCCAUCGAUCGGAUGUUUUGGAUGUGCUGAAGAGUGUCAACGAAUGUGGCAGCACAAUAUUGUUAUCUUCAAACAACAUAGAAGAUUUUCAAUCUCUAUGCAAUCGAAUGGCAUUGCUGAAACGGGGAAAGGUAGUUGGAAUCGGGUCUGUUGAAAGUUUUCGAAAUAGUUUAACGCCGGGACUGAUUCUAAUGGUAAAAAUCAGACCUCAUGCGAUAAUUCAAAGUGUAAGAAAUGUACGAUUGCAACCAAGCGAGCAAGAAAUAGUUAGUAACAUAACAACAUUCCUGUUGCACACUUUUAAAAGCGUUUAUUUGCUAGAGCAAUUGCAAGGAGAUCUUUUGUAUUACAUACACAACACUACGAUUCCACUCGCCGAUGCCUUCAAAAUAAUAGAGCAAAACCGACACGGGCUUUUUAUUUCGGACUUCCUUUUAAAACACGAAAACAUGGAACUGACCUUUGUUGCUCAAAAUUUUCGAAUUCUUAAAUAAAUGAUAAUUU